CCCAUGCCCCCAAGCAUGUUCGUUUCUAAUAAUGCCUGCUCCGUACCCAGCUCUUUCUGGCUCACUGGCAUCCCAGGAUUGGAGUCCCUGCACAUGUGGCUCUCCAUCCCCUUUGGCUCCAUGUACCUGGUGGCUGUGGUUGGGAACAUCACCAUCCUGGCAGUGGUUAAGACAGAGCGCAGCCUGCACCAGCCUAUGUAUUUCUUCCUGUGUAUGUUGGCUGUUAUUGACUUGGUCCUGUCAACUUCUACAAUGCCCAAACUAUUGGCCAUCUUCUGGUUUGGUGCCUGCAGCAUUGGUCUAGACGCCUGCUUAGUUCAGAUGUUCUUUGUCCACUGCUUUGCUACUGUUGAGUCGGGCAUCUUUCUUGCCAUGGCUUUCGACCGCUAUGUGGCCAUCUGUGACCCACUACACCAUACAUCAGUACUUACCCAUGCAGUGGUGGGACGCUUGGGGCUGGCUGCACUUCUCCGAGGAGUAUUCUACAUUGGACCUCUUCCACUCCUAAUUCGACUAAGGCUGCCCUUUUUUCGAACCCAAAUCAUUGCCCACUCUUACUGCGAGCACAUGGCUGUGGUCACUUUGGCAUGUGGUGACACAAGAGUCAAUAAUCUGUAUGGAAUGGGAAUUGGUUUUCUGGUGUUAAUCCUAGACUCCAUAGCUAUAACUGCAUCUUAUAUAAUGAUUUUCAGAGCUGUGUUGGGAUUGUCCACCUCUGACGCCAGGUUUAAAACUUUAGGAACAUGUGGUUCUCACAUCUGUGCCAUCCUUGUCUUCUACAUUCCUAUUGCUGUUUCAUCUCUCACCCAUCGUUUCGGCCACAAUGUGCCUUCGCAUAUCCAUAUUCUUUUGGCCAACUUUUACCUCCUCAUCCCACCCAUCCUCAACCCAGUCGUCUAUGCUGUGCGCACCAAGCAGAUCCGAGAGAGGCUUUUGCAUAUUAUUAAGUCUGGAACUCAACACAAGGACAUGUAA